AUAGCGCGCGACAUUUCAGUGUUAGAAUUCUCUCAAUAACUUUCAUUUUCUCUUCUCUCUAAAGAUUAAAACCCUUAAAAACAAAAACCCUAAAACUGCUGCCACUGCCGUCUCCUGCCCCAUCCACCGUCACUGUCGCCGCCUGCUCCAGCCUCUAUUGACAGCAGUGAGCCGCAGGUCCACCUAUCCGGCUGCGUCGCUGUCAAGUAAUUAAACGGCAGAAAACUAUAAACCACAAAUAGCCAAUUUGAAAAAAAGUGAAUAUGGCGUCUGAAGACAACAGCUACAAUAUACCUGAGCUUGCUCCAUUUGAUCCUACAAAAAAGAAAAAGAAGAAGAAGGUAACCACUCAAGAGUUUACUGAUGAAAAUGCGGCUCCAUCAGCAGAUAAGACUGAGAACAUGAUAGUUUUUAAUGAAGUUGAAAUUGCUGCUUUGAAGAAGAAAAAGAUACCAGUUGACUCAAAUUUGUUUGAUGCUGAUGGUGGAGAGGAGGAAGAAGCUGAUGUUGGAGAUAAUGAACAAGAAGAUGAAACUAAUGACUUGCAACAACUUCAAUAUCCUUGGGAAGGGAAUACCAGAGAUUAUGAGUAUGAAGAAAUUUUAGGAAGGGUUUUCAAUAUUCUUCGCGAGAACAAUCCUGAAUUAGCUGGAAACAGGCGUAGAACCGUCAUGAGACCCCCACAAGUGAUGCGUGAAGGAACCAAGAAGACUGUAUUUGCAAAUUUUACUGAUCUUUGUAAGAUGAUGCAUAGACAACCAGAGCAUGUAAUGAGCUAUUUACUCGCUGAGUUGGGAACAAACGGUUCAUUGGAUGGACAGCAGCGUUUGGUAGUGAAGGGAAGAUUUGCUCCUAAGAAUUUUGAAGGGAUCUUAAGAAAAUAUGCCAAUGAAUAUGUUGUUUGCAGUGGCUGCAAAAGUUCAGAUACCAUUCUUGCGAAAGAAAAUCGCCUGCUCUUUCUCCGUUGUGAACAGUGUGGUUCCUCGCAGUCUGUUUCUCAUGUGAGCAAUGGGUUUGUUGCUCGUGUUGGACGCAGGGCUGCUGCAUAAUCAAGGGACUGCUAUAUUCAUGGGACUGCUAUAUUCACACAAUAAGAAAUAUUUUGGUUAUGAAGGGGGUGGUAAAUAGUGAUGCUCAAUUAAUAAUACUUUCUUUGGAUUAUUUUUUCAAAUUUUUGAGGUUUCUCUUUUAAUGACCGAGCAUUUUUAGUUCUCUGACAUUUGAGCUAUAUAUUUGAAUUUUGAUACAAACAUGAUAAAGCAAAUGUGUUAAUGAUAA